GGUUGUGCGGCAGGGAGGUGGCUGCACAGGGUGGGGGGAGUGGCCAGCAGCCCUGCCCAGAUUAAGCGGGAGGCGCGCGGGAGUCUGCGACUCUGGAGGCCGGGUUUGCUGGCAGCUCCCGCGGCUGCACAUCUGCUGCCGGCCUUCAACUCGCAGCCAGCGCACAGACUUGAAGCUGAGCAGGCAGUGAAGAGGAACACGGUCACGGGUGGAUUCCGUCCAGCCCCGAGCGCGAGGCGCGUGUCAGGUCUGCCGGGUGGCCUGCAGUUCCUUCUCUGCCUGGUUGUUCCUCAGAUUCUAACACAGGACACUGACUCCCAACUGUCCAUGAGAGUCCCCUGGAAUAGAGGAGAAGGCUGGAGGACUAUUUGGUGCACAGAGGUCAUCCGUGAGGGCACCAAGGCUCAAGGUCUUCAUGAGGUGCUUUUUCAGGUGGACCCAGCCCUCAGUCACAGUCCUCUGGUCACUAAUAUUUAUUCUCUUUACCAUACAAUAUGAAUAUGGGAGUGGCAAGAAAUAUGGCGGCCCCUGUGGAGGAAGAAACUGCUCUGUCUGCCAGUGUCUUCCUGAAAAGGGAUCUCGGGGUCAUCCAGGACCACUGGGGCCACAGGGACCAAUAGGGCCCUUGGGACCCCCGGGACCCAUUGGGAUUCCGGGAGAAAAAGGAAUGAGAGGUGACAGUGGCCUUCCCGGACCAGCAGGGGAAGAAGGAGGCAAGGGUCCAACUGGUGUCCCUGGAUUUCCAGGCUUGGAUGGCGUUCCUGGUCACCCGGGGCCUCCAGGACCCAGAGGCAAACCUGGUGUGGAUGGCUACAAUGGCUCAAGAGGGGAUCCUGGAUUUCCAGGAGAAAGAGGAGGUCCUGGCCGGGGAGGCCCCCCUGGUCGCCCUGGGGAAAAAGGAGAAAAAGGAAGGUCAGUGUUCAUUUCAGGAGGCCUUAAAGGUAUUCAGGGAGACCGUGGGGACCCAGGACCGCCCGGCUUACCUGGCCUUAGGGGUCCACAGGGAUCACCAGGACCCAUGGGGCAUGCUGGUGCACCAGGGCUGACGGGACCAGUCGGUCAUCCUGGGAGCCCUGGGUUGAAGGGAGAUUCUGCUGCAGGAUUAAAAGGGCAAAAGGGAGACCCGGGUGAAGUUGGCCAGCACGGUCCUCCUGGGCCCACCGUGGUUGUGCAGCCACCUGAGUUGAGUCUCUAUAAAGGAGAGAAGGGUAUAAAAGGAAUUCCUGGAAUGAUUGGACCUCCAGGACCUCCAGGACGCAAGGGAGUGCCUGGUAUCGGGAUGAAAGGCGAGAAAGGCAUUCCUGGGUUCCCAGGGCCCCGGGGUGAGCCUGGUUCCCAUGGAUCUCCAGGUUUUCCAGGAUUCAAGGGGGAACAAGGACUGGCUGGAGAUCCUGGGAUGUUUGGAUUUCUUGGUCCAAAGGGGGAUCCUGGAGAUCGCGGGUACCCAGGACCACCAGGCAUUUUGGUAACUCCACCACCUCCACUCAAAGGUCCUCCAGGGGACCCAGGGCCUCCAGGCCGCUAUGGAGAACUUGGAGAAGUUGGACUGCAGGGUCCACAAGGACCCCCAGGCAGACCAGGGGAAGCUUGUCCAGGCAUGGUGGGUCUCCCAGGGUUUCCUGGUCCUCCAGGACUUCCAGGGGAAGCUGGUAGUCCAGGAAGAGUCUUCUGUGCCCCAGGAGAACCAGGGAAGCCAGGACCGCCUGGCCUGCCUGGAACACCAGGACCAAAGGGGCCCCCUGGCCCAGAUGUGUUAUAUUGUAGUCCUGGGUGCCCUGGACCAAUAGGAGAAAAGGGGAAAAUGGGUCCCCCAGGAAGAAGAGGAGCCAAAGGAGAAAAAGGAAAUGAGGGACUCUGUAUCUGUCCUUCUGGUCCCAUGGGACCCCCUGGCCCUCCAGGCCUUCCUGGAAGACAAGGAAGUAAAGGAGACUUAGGGGUUCCUGGCUGGCGUGGAGAAAAGGGCGAUCCAGGCCAGCCUGGUGCUGCAGGACCGCCAGGACCACCAGGAAAACCUGGUGCCUUGGGGCCCCCUGGCCACAAAGGGGCAAAGGGUGAUAUGGUCAUAUCAAGAAUGAAAGGGCAAAAAGGAGAAAGAGGACUUGAUGGGCCACCAGGAUUUCCAGGACCACAUGGGCAAGAUGGUCAGGAAGGACGUCCUGGAGAAAGAGGGGAUCCUGGGCCUCGAGGAGACCAUAAAGAUGCAGUCCCAGGUGAGAGAGGACUUCCCGGACUGCCAGGCCCUCCAGGAAGAGCAGGACCCGCUGGGCCUCCAGGCUUGGGAUUUCCAGGCCCACCAGGACAGAGAGGCCGACCAGGAGAGCCGGGGAGCCCAGGCAUGAGGGGCUUUGAUGGCAUGAAGGGGCAGAGAGGUGACACCAUUCCUCAUAAUGUAACCUACCCGGGGAGACCAGGUCUGCCAGGCUUUGAUGGGCCUCCAGGUCUGAAGGGAUUUCCAGGUCCCCCGGGUGCUCCUGGAAUGAGAUGUCCAGAUGGGCAGAAAGGCCAGCGGGGCAAACCAGGGAUGUCUGGAGUUCCAGGUCCACCUGGUUUUCGAGGGGACAUGGGAGAUCCGGGCAUCAAAGGUGAAAAGGGGACCUCCCCUAUUGGACCCCCAGGACUACCUGGAUCUCCUGGAAUGACUGGCCAGAGAGGAAUCCCAGGAGACCCUGCUUUUGGAGACCCAGGACCCCCUGGAGAUAGGGGUCUUCCAGGAGCACCAGGCAUAAAAGGGCAAAAAGGUUACCCAGGAUGCCCAGGACCUGAAGGACCGCCUGGCAUCCCCGGAUCUCCAGGUCUCAAAGGUCCCAAAGGCAGAGAGGGAAAUCCUGGGUUUCCGGGAAUCCCAGGCGACCCUGGCCAUUCCUGUGAAAGAGGUGCUCCAGGGAUCCCAGGACAACCAGGACUUCCUGGAGCUCCAGGUAGUCCAGGGCCCCCAGGUUGGAAAGGUCAUCCAGGAGAUAGGGGGCCUCCCGGACCAGCUGGAAUGAAAGGCCUUCCUGGCCUCCCAGGCCUACCGGGAGCAGAUGGUCUUCGAGGGCCUCCUGGGAUUCCAGGCCCCGCUGGGGAAGAUGGCCCACUUGGUCGUCCAGGCCUAAAGGGACACCCAGGACUGCCUGGCUUCCCUGGUUUUCCAGGAGAGAGAGGAAAGUCGGGCCCAGAUGGACAACCUGGAAGAAAGGGACAAAUCGGAGAGAAAGGCUGGCCUGGCUUGCGGGGAGACUUGGGCGAGAGAGGUGCCAAAGGAGACAGAGGACCUCCUGGUGAUCCGGGAGAAAUAGCCAUCAUUUCCAAGAAGGGGGAACCUGGGAAUGCUGGGCCUCCAGGAGAUGGUGGGUUCCCAGGAAGGAGAGGUGAUAAAGGAAGCCCAGGGAUGCAAGGGGCAAGAGGAGAUCCUGGAAGAGAUGGACCACCUGGACUACACAGAGGGCAGCCUGGGAUGAACGGGCCUCCUGGGCCUCCUGGUGCUCCUGGCCCUCCGGGAUUACCUGGACUAAGAGGAGUCAUUGGUUUUCCGGGAUUUCCAGGUGACCAGGGUGAUCCAGGUUCUCCAGGCCCCCCUGGAUUCUCGGGAGAUGAUGGAGCAAGAGGACCUAAAGGAAACAAAGGCGACCCUGCCAGUCGGUAUGGUCCACCUGGUCCGAAGGGUGAGCCAGGUAGCCCUGGAUUCCAAGGACAAACUGGAGCCCCCGGAGAGAAAGGCUUUCCUGGAGCUGAAGGGUUCCGAGGACCACCAGGCAGACCUGGACAGCCUGGCUCUUCUGGACCACCGGGGAGUCCAGGUGACCCAGGGAUACCUGGGCUCAAGGGCCCCCCAGGAGAAGAGGGAGACCCCGGGCCAAGAGGUGACCCGGGAUAUUUAGGGAGGCCAGGUCCUCCCGGAGUAAAAGGGCCCCCCGGGUCUCCUGGCCUGAAUGGGUUACACGGUCUGAAAGGUGAGAAAGGAGCAAAAGGUGCCUCAGGUUUGUUUGAAAUGGGUCCACGUGGGCCAAUGGGAAUGCCUGGGCUAAAAGGAGAGAGAGGUGACCCUGGGAGCCCAGGGAUUUCUCCCCCGGGCUUUCCUGGAGAAAAGGGCUUCCCAGGACCUCCAGGGAGACCAGGACCACCUGGCCCCGCAGGGGCCCCAGGAAGAGCUGCUAAGGGUGGCAUUCCUUAUCCAGGUCCACCUGGAGACUUGGGACUUCCUGGCCCUGAUGGCCCAAGAGGAGUACCUGGGCCUCCAGGUCCCCCUGGGAAUGUUGACCUUCUGAAAGGGGAUCCAGGUGACUGUGGUUUGCCAGGACCACCUGGCUCCCCGGGCCCACCAGGCCCUCCAGGCUGUCAGGGUGCCCCAGGAUGUGACGGAAAAGAUGGACAGAAAGGACCAAUGGGAUUCCCAGGGCCUCCAGGGCCACCUGGUCUUCCUGGAGAACCUGGAGAAAAGGGAUUACCUGGCCCUAAAGGCAGAAAAGGGCCAACAGGCCCUCCAGGCUGCAGAGGUGAACCUGGGCCACCUUCAGAUAUGGACCCUUGUCCUCGAAUCCCGGGACUUCCUGGAGUGCCAGGCCUGAGAGGACCAGAAGGAGCUAUGGGGGACCCUGGACAGAGAGGACCCCCUGGACCAGGGUGCAAAGGAGAGCCUGGGCUGGAUGGCAGGCGGGGUCAGGAUGGCAUCCCUGGACCUCCUGGUCCUCCAGGACGCAAAGGUGACGCUGGAGAGGCUGGCAGUCCUGGAGCAACAGGCCCUCCUGGUCCACCUGGUGAUCCUGGGCCCAAGGGGUUUGGCCUUGGAUACCUCAGUGGCUUCCUCCUUGUUCUCCACAGUCAGACAGAUAAAGAACCAAUCUGCCCUGUGGGCAUGCCCCGGCUUUGGACAGGGUACAGCCUGUUAUACAUGGAAGGACAGGAGAAGGCACACAAUCAAGAUCUUGGAUUGCCAGGGUCUUGUCUUCCUAUGUUUAGUACUCUGCCCUUUGCCUACUGCAACAUCCACCAAGUGUGCCACUAUGCCCAGAGAAAUGACAGGUCAUACUGGCUGUCUAGUGCAGCGCCUCUUCCCAUGAUGCCACUCUCAGAGGAAGAGAUCCGUCCUUACAUCAGCCGCUGUGCUGUGUGUGAGGCCCCGGCACAGGUGGUGGCUGUCCACAGUCAGGACCAAUCCAUCCCACCAUGCCCACCGAUGUGGAGGAGCCUCUGGAUUGGGUACUCAUUUCUGAUGCACACUGGAGCUGGGGACCAAGGAGGAGGACAGGCACUCAUGUCACCUGGCAGCUGCCUGGAGGACUUUAGAGCUGCGCCAUUCCUCGAAUGCCAGGGCCGGCAGGGAACCUGUCACUUUUUUGCAAACAAGUACAGCUUCUGGCUGACCACGGUGAACCCAGACCUGCAGUUUUCCUCUGGCCCAUCACCGGACACCUUAAAAGAAGUUGAGGCCCAGCGCCAGAGAAUCAGCAGGUGCCAGGUCUGUGUGAAGUACAGCUAGAGAAUUCACAACAUGCCAGUCGGAAUCAAGAGAGACAUCUCAUGGAGAAAAAGCUGCCCUGGCUACUCCAGCAAAUUCAGUGGUGCUCUCUCCAGACUCCUUCAGCCAUGUCUUCUGUCUUAUUCCCGGCAUCCUCCUUUUGCUCUCCACAGAUGAAGCAAAAGCAGCACACCUGGAUUUGUUUGGUUCCCACCAAUCUAGAUGAAAACCACACAUUCUCCUUUUAUUGAAAUGAUGGAGGAACAGGCUUUAUUUGAACACGUGUUAAUUCCCAGAAAAGCAAGUGAAUGAAUGACAAAGACAAGAUUAUAAACGACUGAAAACUUCAUUCAUUUGUUGAUAGCAUCUCAAACAACUGAAGUCAAUUAUUCUGUAAUCCAUUGGGCUCCCGGCUAGAUUUUACAGGACAAAAAUAUAA